AUGGAAGGAGUGGAUCCGAAUGCGGUAGCGGAGUUGCACCCAGAUGAACUGGAGAAGAAACAGAGAGUUCUGUUCGGAAGACUAGAUAACUUACCCGCUCUUAGUUCGAAAAUUGUGAGGAUAUUUAUAAGCUCGACUUUCACAGGAAUAGAUAACAUUAUAUUUACUUUAUUGUUCUGUGAUAGUGAGACUCAUGGCAAGUUCUGGGUUCUAACUCUUUUUUCAGAUACGACAUUGGAACGGAACAGUCUUAUGGAAAAUGUUUACCCGAAAGUUAAAGAAUACUGUCGUGAGAAACACGGUUUGGAAUUCCAGGUGGUUGACAUGCGCUGGGGAAUCCGGGACGAGGCGACCGACGAUCACAUGACCACUCACCUCUGUAUGCAGGAAAUAGACAACUGUCAACGCCUGUCCAUGGGUCCCAGUUUUAUAGUAUUCCUUGGCCAGAAAUAUGGCUACCGGCCGUUACCCACGCACAUUCUCGCCAAGGAGUUCGAUAUUUUGCGAGAGGUGGCUAAAAACGUGGUGAGCGAGUUGGAACUGUUGGACCAGUGGUACAGGAGGGAUGACAACUCGGUUCCCGCCUAUUAUAUCUUGCAGCCAAUCAGCUCCAUUUUCCAACAUUUCAAUAACAAGAGAUCACAACGUCUUCAGGAAAUAGACCAAGGACUCUGGUGGGAGACUUUCGGCAAACUUCAAAAAAUUAUUCGCAAAUCUUCGCAGGUGUUGUUCAUCACCAAAAAAAUAGAUCGAGAGCAGAUGCAUAACUAUUUUAUGUCCGUGACUGAACGAGAAGUAGAACGCGGCAUUCUGAAGGCAAAGAACGUCGAGGACCACUGUCUGGCGUACAUCCGAGAAAUCAUCAACAUCAACACCGCGCUCCUCAGACUCGCCGGCAAAUUCGUCGACCUCGCGGCCAGGAGCGUUGACGGCGAGGCGCAGAAACUGCUGAAGACCCUGCGAGAUGAGAAGCUACAGAAGGUGCUGUCCCCGCAGAACAUGAUCCGCUUCACCGUCGAGUGGAACGGCCUGGAGGGAUUGAACAGCGAGACGCACAAGGAAUACUUCGAACAAUUCUGCGAGCACUUCCACAAGAACGUCAUCCGCCUCGUGGACAAGGCCAUGACCAAGCACGAGAGACUGGGCAGCGACCGCGUGUACACCGAGCCCCUCCAGCACCUGCACACGUGCCACAACUUCUGCUCCGUGUUCCAGGGCCGGGAGGAGGUCGUCGAGUGUAUACAUCAGUAUGUGGUCGGGGCGUCCAAGGAACCUCUCGUUCUCUGUGGGGAAUCUGGGUGCGGCAAGACCUCGCUCAUGGCGAAGGCAGCUAGCCAGGUCAUCGACUGGCUUCCAGCGAAAUCUAACCCGGUACUGAUCAUCAGAUUCCUAGGCACAACGCCGGGUAGCUCGUCCAUUAUUCCCCUUCUGUCAAGUCUUUGUCACCAGGUGGCGUAUAUAUUCGAACAGCCCGCAGAGGAAGUUCCUGACGAUUUGGCGCAACUGGCCCAGCACUUCAAGAGACUGUUAGUGCUGGCCACCGCUGAGAAACCAGUAGUCGUGUUCCUGGACUCCCUGGACCAGCUUUCUGGAACCUAUGGUGCACACACCCUCACGUGGCUGCCUGUCAUUCUCCCCGACCACGUCAGACUGAUAGUGUCCACACUCCCCAACUACUACAACAUCCUUGAUACGCUAAAGACUCUGGUCGAGGCGAAGGAAAACUUCGUCCCCGUCCUACCUUUAGGCCAGAAUCUCAGCAGCACAAUCAUCAAGUCUUGGCUCAAGAACGCCAACAGGAACGUCACCGAUGAACAGUGGGUGGUGGUUAAUGAGGCCAUCUCUCUGUGCAACCUGCCUCUGUUUGUGAAGCUGGUGUUUGACGAGAUCUGCAGAUGGAAGUCGUACACCAGUCUCAAACAGACGACCCUGGCUCCGUCUAUCCACGAUUGCAUCAUCAAAAUGUACGAAAGGAUCGAGCUGCAGCACGGAAAGAUGCUGGUGUCCCACGCCCUCGGCUACAUCACGGCAUCAAAGAGCGGUCUUUCUGAAGCGGAGCUAGAGGACCUACUCUCUCUGGACGACAAGAUUCUCAACGACGUGUACCAGUACCACCUCCCCCCAGUGCGCCGCAUCCCUCCACUCCUCUGGACAAGGAUACGAGGAGACCUUCCCGAGUAUCUCAGCGAGCGAGAAGCCGACGGCGUCAACGUCAUAUUCUGGUAUCAUCGGCAGUUCAUCGACGCUGCCAAAGAGAGAUACUUCAAGAACUUGAACUUUGUCAGCGAAAUCCACUCAAAUAUUGCAGAGUAUUUUCUGGGCACAUGGGGUGGAGGGACGCCAAAGCCGUUUGAGUACUCGGAGCUUCAGAGACAAAGGUUUUUUCUGGACGAGACGAAGAGUGAAGCCGACAGAAAGGUUCCCCUGCAGCCAGUGGUCUUCUACAAUGAACAAGGGGAGGUUAUUAGGUACAAUCUUCGCAAGCUUGGAGAGCUUCCGUACCACCUGGUUAGAUCUCAUAGAUACGACGACCUGUAUGACACCGUUCUCUUCAACUACAAAUGGCUGCACGCUAAGUUAAGCUCCUUACCUCUCCAGUCCGUGCUGGCGGACUUUGAGGACCUUCUGGACCACGUGUACGACAAGGACGUCAAGCUCAUAGCCGAUGCGAUCCGCCUGUCGAGUUCCAUCCUCGGUCACUACCCCCAGAUGAUCGGCACCCAGAUCACGGGACGCCUGCUGCCGUAUUACGCGCUGAACCCCAAGAUUCGCAGUCUCAUCGAGCAAUGCGACACAGACGGCCUCCACAACUGUGCUCUGGUCCCCGCCCACCACUGUCUGCAUACCCCGAGUGGUCCGCUUCAGUUCUCGCUGGAAGGGCAUCCGUUUGCUCCUUUCGGGAUUGCAGCGACGUCGGACGCAAGGUAUUUGGUGACCGCGUCAAACAAGGUGAUCAUCUGGGAGCUAUCUCAGGGCGUCAUCUUCAGAGACAUGAACCUGGGUCUGACGGGAAUCAUGUCUUCGUUGGCGAUCUCGCCGAACGACAAGUAUGCAGUCACUUUCACCAAUUACAACAAGGUGGCGGUGAUAAGCAUCAAAACGGGAGAUUUCUGGGUUAUCUGUCCUGAUACAAAGAACACGGUAGAGGGAACCACGGUGUCCAAUACUCACAUCGGAAUCUGGAUGGGCACAGAGUGGGCUCUGUUUACAAUUGAAGGCGCCUUUGUCUCGAAAUUCGCGUCAGAAUUAAAGAUGCCAUUCGUUAAUGUUGACCUGUCAUUUGAUGACAAGAUAUACACAAUUGUGAAGAGUGGUGCAGAAGGCGACAGUGAAAUGGCCCUAGAAGUCCAGGACAAAUCUAUAAGUCCUUUCGAAUUCCACAGCGCAAUUGCAUUGACUAAAGACAAACAAACCCUAUACACUUGUAUUGAGAUUAGCGACAAUGCUGUAGCUGUGUACGACAGAGACGGAAGCACGUGGAAGUACAACAGAACUCUGGGUGAAAACGUAGAUACGGUGUUUUCCCUGACAGCGUCCAGUGACAAAAACUAUCUCAUAGCAACGGUUGCUCUUGGCUACAAACUGUGGGACCUGAAAAACGAUAAAAUGAGAGAACUGAGGCUUCCUUCAAGUAUAAGAAACAUUCCCACGAAAAACCUAUCUAGUCUUGUGGUAUUUACAAAAGGCAAUCAGUUCGUUGUUGCUGGUGUACGCAAAAACCUGUACGUGUGGGACGUGAAACAGGGUAAUAUCGUUAAAACACUUGAUGCUCAUUUCGGACGAAUCAUCGCUCUUGUGUCCGUGCAUGUAGGCUGCAAUGUUGUCAUCAGUUCCUCCAUGGAUAAGACGAUCAAGGUGUGGAACUUUGACAAGAUCUUAGAGGACGUCCACCCCAUAGAUCACCUGGAGAGGCCGAUCGAAACUGUCGAGUUGGCCCUGGAACCGGGUAUCUGUGUUACCUCAUCCAGGAAUACGGUCGUGGUGUGGAGUCUCGAAACGGGUCGAAUCGUCAAAGCGUUUCCCAGCAAUUCACGAAGCGCAAUAAUCACACAUGCCGUCGUGACGUCAAACGGCGAGUACAUAGUUUCUGCAGAAUCGGGAAGCAUCGUCUUCUGGAAUAUGGAGAAAGAAAAGGCAAUCAAGGUAAUUCAGUGUGGAGACAUUCAGUGGUUGACUUUGAACGAAGGAUGCACAAGGGUAAUCACGUCGGCAAAGGCUACGUCUGGAAAGGGUAUGUGUUGCAGUCACUCUGUCCCCGAAGGAGAGCAGAUCUUUAAGUUUGAAUACACGGUGAAAAAAUACCGCAAGCCUGUUGUCACCAAGGAUGGUCUGUUCCUGGCCGUUCCUGCUGUGGACAAAAGUGGUGACGUCAUAGGUGUCUAUCACUCGAAGACUGGGACUCACCUGUACAAUCUUCAGCUGAAGUACAACAACUACAUAGACUACAGCCACCUAGUGCCUAUGCCGCACGACGGCAAUCAGAUUGCAGUGAUCGAUAAGGACAAAGGCAACAUCCUCGACCUGAAGAAAAAGGCUCUGCUGAGAUCCACAAGACGAUGGAACGGUUGCGUCACCCAGAACGGGAAGAUAGGUAUCUUUGCGCCAGCUUGGGGCGGACUGCAGCUGAUCGAGAUAAAACACGGGAAAACCGUCCGGACGCUCAUUCCUAAAGUCGCAGAAGGAGUGUUCUCGGUCAAGGUCAUGUUCACUAAGAACGACAAGCACGUGGUGUAUUACCAUUCCGGUCACCGGACAAUAAGAGUGUUCAGAGUAGCAGACGGCAAAAUGAUCGCAAACUUUAAAGCUCACGCCGAUGUGAAGUGUCUCGUGGGAGACGACAUUGGCACUAGUCUAGUCAUGAGUGCGGUGGACGGGAGUCUGACCGUGCUGACUCUAGCAGAUCCUGGCGAUGAGGCCAGUCAGGAACUGAUCAAGUCUCUGCCGAGUCGACAGAUGACAAAGCCGUCUGCUAGUGGGAAAACUGCCAAUGGUGAUCUCAUCCAGGCUACCAGCUCACUUGGCACGGCAUUGCAAGUAGCAAGGUUUGGGAAGAAGCUUGCCAACUAAAAGGUGCACGGGAAUUGUUCAAUCAGUGAGCGUGUUACACCACACAGUGCAGCGAAACAAAUGAUAAAACGUGGAUAUCCAUUCGUCAUGCUGAACCACGUAUAAUGACCGAUUAUUGGAACAUUACUUUAACAAGAGUUUUCAAAAUCUGGGUGUUGGAUUCAACAGUAGAUAACUCUAACACAGUUCAUAGCACGAUACAAAUGCCAUAUUUGAGUGUAUUUACUGGAUGUUGAAAGUUUAAUGUUUCAAAUCAUUUAUAGAAUAUUGUCAAAUGCUAUUACAUUUUCAUACUUUAUUUGUUGUUAGUUAACCUCUGUGAGGAGCAUAUAAUGCAAAACAUGCAAUGUUUGAGACCCAGAACUGUUAAAGGUAAACCAAUCUGAGAAGACUGCCUUGGGGUCCUUUUUAUUAUUUUUUUGUAUGUGUCUGUGAUGCGUUUAGUUGAUGCGAACUUCCCCUGACGUCAAGGAAUGUUUUUUUAAUUGGGUUUGGCAGUUAGUGUUGCAUGAAUGCGAGAGGGCGAAAACCAGUCAAGUAGUAAGCGGGUACUAGCACUCGUGUCAAAAUGUAUAACUGAAUUCAGACAAGUCGACAUUCAUUUGAAGUCUGGAUUCAAAGCACGUCGAGUUUAGAUGCUAAUGCAACACUUGGUGUUAUUAUGGUGUUUUAAUUGUUUUAUUUAUGUAACGACGCACAACACGUUUUAAUGACGGUUAUAUGGCUGGUGUUUUGAAGACUAACUUUGAACGAGAGAUCCGGACUAAAGUUGUAAAGGCGCGGGCUCUAAAAAUGUUGUAUUACAAGGAAUAGGCGUAAGUGUAUUUGUCCAAUAGCCAUUUCGGACUAUUGGUUUUCCUUAGAUGCAGACAUCAGUGAUCAAGAAACAAAUCAUAAUACUUCGAUGAGAGUUACCCGUUGCUUGUCGUUGAUCCGUGUGGUUUCUUUACAACAGCAUUCAUUUGAAUCGACCGUGACGUCACGGUCCAACUUUGAAAUGUGUAGAUUAUUAUUAUAAAGUUUUUUUUCAAUAUGACCACAAACUUGAAUUAGGCCAAUGGUUUGCAUUUAUAGAUGUCUGUCAGUAUCCUAGUGUCAAAAUUAUACUCAAUGAAAAAAGAAGAUAUACACAUUAGAAAAAGAAAUGUUUUACAUGUACCUAUUCGACCGUGAACAUCUCUCGGCGUACAUGCCCCGUUACGCCACAUAUUACACGUGCAAUGCUAUUGGUAACAUCAUGGGCUCACGGGCUGGGCAGAUGCAUGAUAUUCACAUGCUGGGAAGGUUUUCCCGCGCACAUUGGUCUAGUUUUUGACGGUUAAAAAACCCACAAAUAAUAUCCAUAACAUUUCUGUUGACCAUGCCAUGCUUGACCAUCAAAUGACCGCGAGAGAGCAGUUGGAAUAUUUCAAACAGGCAUCAAUAUCGGUGAUGAUGCGAGACAUUUUGUUGUGUACACGGAAUUGUCAAUCGAUUAAAUGUCACCGAAUCCACCAAUGACCGUCUUUGAAGUGGCAGAUCGGGAAUUACGUCAGUUGUGAAAGCUUCAAUUUAUUCGAACCACCCCCACCUCCUGACAUAGAUUUCACCUGCCUAUCAUUGUUGGCCAUAGAUUGCAAAUCACUAUCCAAACUGCAAGAGACUGACUCAGAGCAUACGACAUAUGGGCACGAAGGUUUUUAUUCCAUAUCUUGCACAACAUCCGCAUAUGAUAUUUUAACACAAUAAGCACGUUGCUCGAGUCUCUACUGACUUUCUGAAUCAAAAGCACGUGGACGUUGGUUUUGAUCAGUAGUGCCAUUAAACUUCUAUGCUUUAGAAUACCUAUGAGAUGCAAAAUCUUUAAUCGCAGAACAUUCGGAUGUUGCAGCAGGACCUUGUAGAGAAGGGACACAACUUUAUAGCGUCCAUGAGACGACGUUAUCAAGUCUGCGAUUUCUGUUUUUGGGUUAAGUGCUGUUGAUGAUCAAUGUGUGGUAAACAAACACCUGCAAAGUAAUAUUUAACUACACAAACCUCCUUCUUAAGGAUUCGUUUAUCUUUUCCAUAAUUUCAUCGAUGGGAGUUUGUCAGGAUGAUGAAAUAAGCGAGAGUAUUUACAUGUAUAUUUUUUUUCUUGUUGAGUAUAGUUUUAACUUUUAAAUUGGUCCUAAAUUAUAAUAAAGCUAUAUUAUAAAACAAAUACAUUUCACUAUUCAAUUGUCGAUUUUCUGGGGUGUUUUUUUCGAGAAUUUAGUCUAAAUAUUGUAUCAUUUUAAACAUAAUUGGUAUCCUUUAUAAUUUUUAAAUAACGGUAUAAUUUAUGAUAUUGAAGGAGUCCAGAGUUUUCGAAACGUUUUCUAAUAGACAAUCAAGGGAUCCUUUCCUGAUAUGACGGAUCAUGGUGUUGGAUGAAACACGAUUUUCAUACAUUUUAUAAAACCUUCGUUUUAAGACACCAGUGCAAGGCCGAUAUAAAGUUUAAAGUUUGUUUUGUGUAAUAACACCACUAUAGCACACUGAUUUAGCAAUCAAGGGCUACUGGAUGUCAAACAUUUGGUAAUUUUGACAUGUAGU